GUGGUCAGAGUGUGCACACAGUAGGGUGGAGUCGGUUCACCUUUUUUUCCCCUUUUUUCUCACCCAAGGGAAUCAGAUCUUGACUCAAUGCGCCCGGAAGGAAUCCAAAGGGAGCUUUCCAGGGAGUCAAACCACACCGGGGUGCUGGGUUACUUUUUAUUUUUCCCCCCGAGAUUUUAAUUUCCAUGGGGUGAGAUCCAGAGGCACAACUUGAAUCGGUUCAUGUACAGUCAUGGAGCGCACCGCGUUGGCACCGCGGGCGGCGCGUAAAAGCGAGUGGCUCCGGAGCGCCCUGGCCCACCACCACUGCCCCGAUCCCGGCGCAGAUAACGAGAUCGUGGUCCUGGCCACCGGGGUGGACCAAUACCUGCAGGAGGUCUUCCACCACCUGGUCCACCCCAGCCGGGACGACGCGGUGUCGGCGGAGGACUUCACCGCGCUGUGCGCCGUGCUGGGACUCGCCGCAGCGGAGAAGGAAAACAGGACGACGGAAGCGGGAGCCGUGGAUGGAGGAAAGGGCGAGGAAGACGAGGAGUUCGGGGAUGCGUGCUCCGCGCUGCCAUGCCGGCUGUCCUUCAAAGACUUCCACUCGCGGCUCUGUGGGCAUUUCCGCGUGCGGAGCGCGCGCGGCAGAGGCGCCGGGGAGUGCGCCGGACGCUUGCCCGUCACCGAAGACACGGAGCUGGUGGAGAGGCAGAUCCGGCUGCGAUGGCCGCGCGUCAGGCGGAGGAAAUGUGUAAGUUUCGACCUGGCGAGGGAUCACCGAUCGGUUAAAGGUCGAACCCCAGAGGACCGCGAGUCAGAGGAGGUAGCAGCUCUGAGGGAGCUGGUGGAGGACCUCCGUUCGGCGCUGCAGGGGAGCGACGCUCGCUGCCUGGCCCUGGAGGUGGCCCUCCGGCGGGAGAGGAGCCAUACCCUCCCCCCCACCACCGGCUUCAACAUCCCAGCCUCAACACCAACAACCUCCAUCACCCUCGAACUGGGCAAACUGGUGCCGACGCGCAGGAUUAAAGGACACUGCGGUGGUGCCGUAGGCGACGCGACGAGGAGGGCGGCGAGGAGACGGGACAUCAGGGACCCCCUCGAGAGGGAGCUGAAGCUGAUCCGGUCGUCGCGCGACGGGCAGCUGGAGGAGGCCAUGAAGUUCAACAAGUGCUUGGAGGAGGAGCUGUGCUGGGCGUACCAGGAGGUGCGCAAGCUUUACGGGUCGGAGUCGGCGCUGAGGAACGAGAACGCACACAUCAGGAGGCGAGCGGAGGAGGCCCGAGAGGCUCUGAGCUUGGGGCUUCAGAGGGUUCGGACCAUCCAGGAGCAGGCUCAGUCCGUGCCGCAGCUCCAGUCCAGGAUCACCCAACUGGAGGCUGAACUACACCAGUACAGAUCCCGCUGCGCCUGCAUCCUCGACCCCGACCAUCAUGAAAUGUACCCAAUCGGAGCAGCAGACGCCUGCAGCAAGACAGAGUGUCUGCAGAGGGCGGUGGAGGGGAAAGCGUCCUCCGAUGAAGAGGAGGAGGAGGAGGAGGAGGACAGCGGGACGAGGGAGGGAGGGCAGUGCAGCCUGUUGGAGGCGAAGAAGCACCAACCGCACGGCUGUGGCAAAGGAUGUCAGAGCCACACGGUCCAUCAAGUUGUCCCUCAGAGUUACAUGCAUGAUAGAAACCUCAGCAGCAGGGGGCGCCGCAGCUGGAAGGGACCAAGCCAAGAGCAGCCAGAGGGAAGCAGAUGCUUGCAAAAAGAAAAGAGGACCGAGGAAGAGGAGGACGAGACAAGGUCGGAGGAGAGAGAGAAGACACGUCUGUCUUUGCUGGAGGACAAACUCACGGAUGCCCUCACACUGCUGCUGCAGCUCCGCAACAAGAACGUGUCCCGCAGGGCCCUGGGGAAGAUCGUGAUGGACACUCUGGAUGUGUGCAGCAGGAGUGGAGAUGGUCCAUCUCAGAUCUUGCAGAUAGCUGACGCCCUCUGUGUGCGGCUGUCCUCCAGGGAUCUCCUUGGAAACGGAGGGGAGGACGAAGGAGGGGUUCCAUCUUCGGGGUGUAAAACCAGCAGCGUAAACCCUCUGCUUAUCUCCUGCUAGAUGAACUACCGUUCUUACCCUUUUCCUCCCUUUUGUCUUCGGCUUGUUUGCACCCACGCGAGUGUCCCCAGAGAUUUUUUAAACUGGUUCAUCAUAUUUAAAGAUUCAUUUUAUUUACGCCUUUUUGU